GUUGUUCCACAGUUUUGUCUGUGUGUGUGAAUGAACUAGUUAGCCAAAAAACAAAGGGUGAAAUGGCUGCUUCCUCAAUGAUCUCCAUCACCACCCCCACCGUCGGCCGCUGCACUCCGGCUCAGCCCGCCAUGGUGGCCCCCUUCACCGGCCUUAAGUCGGCCGCCGCUUUUCCCUCCAACACCAAGAACGCUGACAUCACCACCCUUUCCACCAACGGUGGCAGAGUCUCCUGCAUGAAGGUGUGGCCGACCCAAGGAAAGAAGAAGUUCGAGACAUUGUCAUACCUUCCCGAUCUGACCAGGGAGCAACUCCUCAAGGAAGUUGAAUACCUUCUCCGCCUCAAACUCAUUCCUUGUUUGGAAUUCGAGUUGGAGCACGGAUUCGUAUAUCGUGAAAACCACAGAUCACCAGGGUACUAUGAUGGACGCUACUGGACCAUGUGGAAGCUGCCCAUGUUUGGGUGCACUGACGCGGUUCAAGUGUUGCUCGAGUUGGACGAGGCCAUCAAGGCUCACCCAAACGGCUUCAUUAGAAUCAUCGGAUUCGACAACGCCCGUCAAGUGCAAUGCACCAGUUUCAUUGCCUACAAGCCCCCAGGCUACUAAGUAAAUUGUCCAAUUAUCCAUGGGAUAUCUCGAUUUUAGAAUUUUUGUAUUUGUUUGAUUUUAUCAGCCGACUUGUUUUCUGCUUUCUUCUAGAUCCAUCUCUUUCGGAUUUCCAUUCUGAAAAAAUAGGAAUGUAUGAGGAUAAGUAUUAUAAAUACGACCUUUUCAAUUAUUAAUAGAAAAGUA